AUGGAAACUUCAAGAAUUACAAUUCUGGGCUGCGGUAGGUCGUGUCAACCGAAAAGGUUCAAGUGCAUCUGCUGAUCGAUUCGACAGGCUCCAUGGGCACAAACCUAAUGCUGGGUCUAUUGCGAAGAGGCAGCUCUACCUUCAGAUAUUCUGCCCACGUGAACUCGAGCGCUUCAGCAGAGCGCCUACAGAAAGACCUUGCCGGCGUGGACUCUACUGUCAAAGAUCGUGUCUCGGUUUCCUCCGGUAAUGGCAAGCUUUGUGAGGCGGUUACCGGAGCCGAUGUGGUCCUUCUAGGUGUUCCGCCUACUCAACUUGGCACUUUGCUGGGAUGCGAAGGACUCGUGGCAGAGUUGAAGGGCAAGAUUAUCGUCAGCAUGCUGGCUGGAGUUGCGAUCUCACAGAUUGAGGAUGCAUUGGUCUCGAGAGGGUUUGCAAAGCAGGAUUUCCACGUAGCCCGAAUCAUACCAACACUAGGCGCCGGCAAGGGUGACAGUGUGACACUACUUGCUGAAGCCGGAGGCGAGCAUAUGGAGAAGGUCAAGGGCUUCUUGUCGCAGAUUGGUGCCAUUGUGCCAGUGCCGGAAUCUCUCAUGAACUCUGCUACAGCGGUUAUGGCGGCCGUUCACGCGCUUGCAAUCGUUGCGGUAGAUGCGGUAACAGACGCAAGCGUCGCGGCUGGAGUCCCGCGGUCGGUGGCAGCUUCCAUUGCGGCGGAGAGUCUGAGGAGUGGGAGCGGCUUGAUGUCCGGUAAUGGCGCCGAACGUAUGACUCCCGAGCAAGUGAAGGCCGGUAUGUCGACGCCAGGAGGCAUUACGCUGAAUGCAUUGGUGAGCUUGGAUGCCAAGACGAGGCCAGGCAUAUCCUCAGCCGUGAGAGAGGCCAUCGAAUACACGAAGAAGAUGAACGACUGA